AUGAAGUUCUUAGCGGUUCUUAUGGGCGCCAUAGCUGCGGCAGCAGCUCUGCCCACCAUCUCGGACCCAGUUCUCAUGAAGUUCAGCGGAGAUGGUGAACGCUACCAGCCCAUGCGGGGUGGUAACGGCGUGGUCCACAUGGUGGACACCUGGCUGAAGGUCUCAGAUUUGAUGGAGGCCGCCAGGUUCCAGCCGGAUGCUCAGAACGUUUACCAUCUCUUCACCAGAAACAACCCCACUGUCAGCCAGCCGCUACUGCUCGGCGCCGACGGUCUUCUCGGCAGCACCAACUACAACAGUAACAGACGGACCAUCUUUAUCAUCCACGGCUGGACCGACAGUGUGCUUGGGAACGUCAAUAGUGUGCUCAUACCAGCUUUCCUGGCGGCCGAGGACCUGAACGUGAUCUCAGUGGACUGGAGCGUGGGGGCCGGUACCAUCAACUACCUCGCAGCCGUCACCAACACUGUCACUUGUCGUGAAAGUGUGGCCCGCUUCAUAAACUGGCUGAUGGCUUCCACGGGCACCACUCCUGAGCAGAUCCACAUUAUCGGUCACUCGCUGGGUGGUCACCAGUCUGGCAUCAUCGGGAGGAACCUCAACGGCAAAGCUGCGUACAUUACUGCCCUGGACCCGGCGCUCCCCGGCUGGAUAUCCAACGACAACCGCUUCCAGGCCAACGACGGGACCUACACGGAGGUGAUCCACACCAACGCGGGCUUGCUGGGAUACAUCGCUAACCUGGGACAAGUGGACUUCUAUCCCAACGGUGGGAUUAAUAUGCCUGGGUGCAGCGAGCCAACUUGCGACCAUGACAGAUGUUUCCAUUACUUCGCUGAAUCACUCUAUACUGGAGGCUUCACUGGCACACGAUGCGCCAGUUACGCUGGAGCCAUGACUGGCAACUGCAUCCUGUGGGGAUCCCUGCAGAUGGGAGGCCUGAGGCCUAAGACUGGCGCUUCCGGCAUCUACUACUUGCAGACCAACUCUGCCCCGCCUUUCUCUCAAGGAUAAAAAUAUAACAUCAAUUAAAAAUUGUACCAAAUAUAGUUAAUACUCCAAUUUAAGGCCAGUUGCACUACGCCAACUCUUCCUUUCGGGCAUUCUCGGUUCCGUUCGGCUUAGCAUUGUUCCGAGCAAAUAUUAGGGUUGACACAACUUGACGUUUGCGUGUACGAACACAGAUAAGGUAAUUACAUGAAUUUUGACAACCCUAAAUAGCCGACAGGGAUAGUACCGUACAUAAGAAAGGAACAGCAUGAUUCGUCCCUGAAUCGCUGUCAAAUGCGGUUUUGUGGGAAAUUUGUGUUAUGUACGGUAGUACUAUUAAUAUGUACUUAUAUUCUGUGAUAUGAUAGGAGAAAAGCGAUGCUUGUUAAAUGCAAUAAGAAAUAGGAGAGGCAUGAUGUUAGGACACCUUAUACGGCAUGAUAACAUUUUCCUAAACAUCCUGGAAGGCAGGAUUGAAAAGACAAGAGAAGAAGGGAGACCUAGAAUCACUUAUCUCAGCCAAAUAAAAAAUAAUGCGUCGUAUGUGGAAAUUAAAAGACUGGCACAAGAAAAAAAUGAUUGGCGAUUGCUCCACCGACAAGAGCAAAGCUCUUAAGUUAUGAUGAUGAUGAUGAUGAUAUUCUGUGACCACGCACAAUCAACCAAUCAACAACGUUAAAAUUAAAAAUGGCGGCCGUUGUCAUUCUAUAGACUACUGUCAAACUUUUAUUAGCAAAUUUGAAUGAACUGCAAGGAGUUAACCGACGGUUUGGUACAACUGGCUCUAACUUUGAUCAACUGUACAUAUACUCGGUCAAGCAAAUCUUGUCACUAAAAAAAAAGGCGCGAAAUUCAAAUUUUCUAUGGGGCGAUAAUUCUUCGCGCCUACAUUUUUCUAAUUUGCCGCCUUUUUCUACUGACAAGAUUUGCUUGACCAUCUUAUAAUAAUUAUUUAUAAAAAUAUGAUUUAUUUUAUAUAUUUGAGCUAUAUUCCCAAUAACGGUUUAAGGAUUUUAUUGAUAUUCCUUUCUGUUAUUUUAAGGAUGAGAUCGAUGUGUAAAUAAAUAUAUUUAUAUAAU